CUUUCUCCUCAAUUAGGGUUCUUAUGGAUUCCUAUCAUAGAUUUAUUCAAUUUCAGUUCCCGCUUUUACUCAUCUUUUCCUCUUCCUUUUUCCCUUCAAUUUUGAUGAAUUUGAAACUACUGUACUGCGAUUUCAUAUUCUCCCGUACUUCCUCUUGCAUUGUGAUUUGAUUGAAUUUUGGUUCUCUUGCCUUCUUUUCUGACGUUUUCUGCUGAAUUUGCGUGAAUUUUAUGCUUUCUGCCACGUUCCUUUGAUUGCGUACAGAGAAAGCUUGGUGUAUCUCACAUCCUUCGAAAAGGGAAGAAUUCCCCUGCUCUGCUUUACCAGUGCUUGUUUUUCUUACUGGAAAUUUUGUUGGUUCCUUGAGAUAAUUGGUGGGAUUUCGAGUUAAAAACACCAUGGCUGUGCCAACUAUUGCUCUAUAUACCAGUUCACCCAGUACUAUCUGCUCCUCACCGCACCCUUGCCAGUUGAGUUCUCAUGCAUCAUAUGAUUUAGAAUUUACUUCUCGGUCCUCCUCGUUGGCGUCUACAACAGCGACUCCAUCCCCAAAUCCGGUAGUAGGCGGGUUGUCAAGUCUAUUCUCAUCAUCUGCACCAAGGCACUCGUUGUUGUCGUCGAGCAUUUCAAGUGGUGGAGAUGAAUUAGGUUCUUUUAGGCAUGAUAAAGGGGAGGAACUUAAAGAAUUAAGCUCCUCGUUUCGUUAUUCCCCAAGUAAAUUCAUUGGGUCAUUCUUUAAUUGGGAUCAGAGCCCGGUAUCGGUGUUCCAAGGUCCAGUUUCCUGUGGUUGUUGUGGGGUUGGGUCGGCAGCAAGAACCCCUCCAUUGCGGACUGUAUGGGAAAGGAGUGGGGAAGCAAGUUUUCAUGGUCGAGGAAGUACUAACAGGCUGUUCAAUGGGUUUGUGAGAAAUGCUUUGGGAUCAUGUGUGGACUAUGAUUCGCCGAGAUUGGAGGUAUCUAGUGAUGUGUUAGAUGUGGAUUCAUCUACUUUGUUUGGAGAUGAAUUGACUUUCAAUAUGGAGGACAAUAUUACGGAAGGUAAAUCUGAAUCAUAUGCGAAGGAUUUGCUUGUAAGUGCACAAUCAAAGCACAAAAUCUUUUGUGAUGAGUUUGUGAUUAAGGCUUUUUUUGAGGCCGAGAAAGCACAUAGAGGACAGACGCGUUUAAGUGGUGAUCGGUACCUGGAACAUUGUGUGGAAACAGCAGUGAUGCUUGCACUUGUUGGUGCUAAUUCCACAGUAGUUGCUGCAGGGCUUUUGCACGACACACUUGAUGAUUCUUUUGUGAGUCAUGACUACAUAUUGGGGACAUUUGAAGCUGAGGUUGCUGAUUUAGUUGAAGGGGUGUCUAAGCUAAGUCAUUUAAGCAAGCUUGCUAGAGAACAUGAUAUGGCUGAUCGAAUGGUUGAGGCAGACCGCUUGCACACCAUGUUCCUUGCUAUGGCUGAUGCAAGGGCUGUCCUCAUUAAAUUAGCAGACCGUCUGCACAAUAUGAUAACUUUAGAUGCAUUGCCUCUGAUCAAGCAGCAUAGGUUUGCAAAGGAGACUAUGGAGAUCUUCGUUCCUUUAGCUAAUCGCCUCGGAAUCUACAGUUGGAAGGAGCAGCUAGAAAACCUCUGUUUUAAGCAUUUAAACUUGGAACAGCACAAUGAUUUGUCCUCCAAACUGAUGGGAUUGUAUGAUGAAGAAAUUAUACAUUCUGCAAUUGAAAAAAUAGAGCGAGCUCUCAAGGAUAAGGGAACCUCUUACCAUGCUGUAACUGGACGGCACAAAAGUGUCUACAGCUUACACCGAAAAAUGUUGAAGAAGAAUUUGACCAUGAAUGAAAUCCAUGAUAUUCAUGGAUUGAGACUCAUUGUUGAAAAUGAAGAGGAUUGCUAUGAAGCAUUGAAAAUCGUUCAUCAGUUAUGGCCGGAAGUACAGGGAAAGCUCAAGGACUACAUAAGUAAACCAAAGCUGAACGGGUAUCAAUCUAUACACACAGUAGUAAGGGGUGAAGGUGACGUCCCACUUGAGGUUCAAAUUCGAACCAAGGAGAUGCAUUUGCAAGCUGAGUUUGGGUUUGCUGCUCAUUGGAGGUACAAGGAGGGUGAUUCUAAGCACUCUUCAUUUGUGCUUCAGAUGGUGGAAUGGGCUAGAUGGGUUCUCACUUGGCAUUGUGAAACUAUGACCAAAGAUCGAUCUUCAAUCAAUUCUGUCAAAUCAUCCUGCAAGUUCCCUUUUCACUCUUCUGACUGCUCCUACUCUUACAAACCUCACUGCUUCCAGGAUGGGCCUUUGUUUGUCAUUAUGAUUGAAAACGAAAAGAUGUCGGUCCAGGAAUUCCCAGCGAAUGCAACGAUGAUAGAUCUCUUAGAAAGAGCUGGGAGAGGAAGCACAAGAUGGGCUCACUAUAGGUUCCCAGUAAAGGAAGAGUUGAGACCUAGACUGAACCAUGAGCCUGUGAGCGACCCCAAGUGCAAGCUGAAGAUGGGCGACGUGGUGGAAUUGACCCCACCAAUACCUGAUACGUCGUUGGUUGAGUACCGGGAAGAAAUCCAGCGAAUGUAUGCGAGAGGCUUCACCGUAGCAACUCCACAGCCUGCCGGUUGGAUGAGCUAACAGUGGCUUCAUUGCCCUUUUUCUAUGCUUGCACUAUAAAUAUCAUGCUUUUAUUAUGGAUCAGAUUCUCUUGUAGAUAAAUAUAAAUAUUUGUACAUGUCUGCUAUUUAAGAUUCAAUGUAAACGGGUUUCAAACUGUUAAUAUAUACAUAUACUCUAGCUUGCUACUC